GAACAUCAAGCUGUUGGGCAAAACUCUCGAUGCAGCGAAUUUCUCCAUUCCAAGGGUCAGGCACGCGCAUCCGAUUCCCAGGCAAACUGGAAGGGCUUGCUAGUACCUCUGAGGCACCUGUGAUGCAAAUACAAACAUAGACAUAAUGCACAUUUAAGAUGCCAUAGGGCUCACCGCAAGAACUUCUUCCCAACCGAAAACCCUGUGCUGCUGCGCUGGCCCUGGCCAGGAGCUGGCCAUCUAGGACAGCCGCAAUCAUUGCGGAACAAUUGGCGAAAACCAUCAGAUAGCCUAGAUUUGGCCUGUGGGCACCGACAAUCGGCAGGGUGUUGCGCAACACAGCCUUGGGCUUGUCGCGUGCAUUUCGGCCAAAACUAGUCAUUUUGUGCCCAUUGCGCAUGCGCGCACCGGCACGGUAGCAGCGCCGAGCUGGAGCAGCCGUGCGAACCCGCGCCCGGACUGGGAGGGAUGUCGCGCCGGUCCGCAGCUGGUGGCCCGCCGCGGCACCCAACUGCCAAACUUAAAGGUGGAUGGAGCCCGGAGGAAGAUGCCCUGCUCACCAGGCUGGUUAAGAAGUUCGGCGAGGGCAACUGGAGCCCCAUCGCGCGCGCCCUGAACGAGGCCACCGGCAAGACCGAGGCCACUGGCCGCAUCGGCAAGCAGUGCCGCGAGCGAUGGAACCACCACCUGUCGCCGGGGCUGCGCAAGGACCCCUGGACGCCGGAGGAGGAGGUGCUGGUGGUGGAUGCUCACAAGAGGCUUGGCAACAGGUGGAGCGACAUCGCGCGCUGCAUCCCCGGACGUAGCGAGAACGCAGUCAAGAACCACUGGAACGCCACGCUGCGCAAGCGCGUCACGCCCGAGAACCCGGCGGGCCCAUUGAAGGAGUACCUUGACUCACUCAACCUGACAGUGGCGCCACGCAAGAGGGGCGGCGGCGGCGGCGGCGGCGGCGGUGGAGGCGGCGGCGCCAAGCGCAAGCGCAACAACAGGGGCAGCCAGGAGGAGGACACGUCCGAGGACCCUGACGAGGACCUGCUGCCUGACGACCUGGAUGACUCUCUGGACGACUCCACCACCAGCCGCACCGCACACACCGCAGCAGCGGCCGCGGCAUCAGGCGGAGGAAGAGGCCGGACUGCCAGCCGCGCUACAACCACUGGCGGCGGCGGCGGCAGCCGCGCUGCACACGCCGCCGCCGCGGCCCGCACAACCUCGGCGCCGACUGCCGCCGCCGCCGUCACUGCCGCCACCGUCGCCGCCAACAGCCCGGACAGCUCGUCGGCUGGCGGCGCCGUUGGCCCGGCCGCGGCCGACGCCGCGCACUCGGCUGGCGGCGGCGCCGUUGUUUGCGGCGGCGCCUACAGCAGCGGCGGCGUGGUCACCUUCGCCGGCGCCGGCUUGCUGUGCAGCGCCGCUGUCCCCACCACCACCGUCACCACCGCGGCGGUGCCGCUGGCGUCAGACGCGGGUGUGGGUGUGGACGACGGUGCGGACGACCUGGCGCCUGGCGUGCGCCGCUCCUCCCGCCGCGCCGCACAGCUGAGCAGCCAGCGCCUGCGCGACAUGGUGGAGGCGGAGCGCCGCCUGAUGGACGAGCUGGCCGAGGACGAGGAGGCGCAGGAGCAGCAGCAGAUGCAGGCCGCAGAGGCGGCGGAGGCGGCUGCAGGGGCGGCCGCAGAGGCGGCAGAGGCGGCAGAGAUGCAGGCUGAGAUGCAGGUGAAGCGAGCGGAGGCGGGCGAGCCUGCGGGCGCCAGCGUCGGCUCCGGCCGCGGCCACGGCGGCGGCGGCGGCGGCGGCGGCGGCGGCGGCGCCAGGGCCGAGUACGGCGCUGAGGCGGAGGUGUCCAGCGGCGGCGCGGCCAAGAGGCGGCGCCGCGACGGCGGAGGUGCGGCGGCGGCGGCGGCGGCGCAACGUGCCGGUGCGCCGCAGCGGCGCCCGCCCGCCCGCAGCGAGAGUGUGUGCGACAGCGCCGGCAUCCGCAUGGCCCCGCUCCAGAAGCCGCCGCAGCCCGCCCUGCCCAGCCAGCAUCAACAGCAAGCGCUCCACCACCAACUCCAGCACCAGCAUCAGCAGCCAGCGAUGUCGCCCUUUGGCUACGCCGCCAGCCAGGCCGAACCCACCGCUGCCGCCGCCGCAGCAGCCGCCGCCGGCUGCAUGGUAAUGCCCCGCGUCGCGUCCAGCGCCGCCCUGGCGCCUGGCGCCGACGCCAGCGGCGGCGGUGGCGACCGUGCGGCCCUGGCACCCCCCGGCAGCAUGCUGGCGCACGCCGCUACUGCCGCCUCCGGCUUCCCGGCGGCAGCAGCUGCUACCGCUGCUACAGCCGGCAGCCCCUACCACCCGCACCACCCGCACCAGCAGCAGCAGCACCCGGGGGGUGGCGGCGGCGGCUGGACGUCCAUGCUGCCGUACAACUGGAGCACCAACAACAUGCAACACAUGGCGGCGGUGGCGGCGGCGCCUGGCGGCCCGGCGGGCGAGGAGGACGAGUUCCAAGCCUAUCGCCGCAGCAGCAGCGGUGGCGGCGGGUGCUACAGCGGCGGCGGCGGCGGCAAGGUCCGACCCAAGGGCUCACCGCAACACGAGUCGGCCGCGCCGGCCAUGCGCCACGUGAGCAGCAGCCACCGCCUGCACGGCCCCGCCGCCUCGGCCCAGCUGUCCCUCUCCCUGGACCCCAUGCCCGCCGCCACCACCGUCACCACAGCCACCGGCGCCGGCGCGGCCGCCGCCGCCGCCGCCGCUGCCGCCACCGCCCCUGGCGCCGCCGGCGCCAGGGCGGCCGCCGCCGCCGUGGCCGCCGCCGGCCCUGCUGACGACGACGACGAGACGUGUCUGUUCCUGUCGCCGGCCGCUACUGAGAUGACGACGGCGGGUGGCGGCGGCGGCCUGCGCCACGUGGCCAGCGGCAGCGCCCUGUUCAGCUACGACACCUCGGCGCCGCCGGCCCCGCCCCUGGCGCCGCCGCCGGCCCCGGCUCAGGAGGCCAGGCAGCAGCCCACCAUGCCUGCUGAGCAGCAGCAGGAGCUGCAGCGGCAGCCGUCAGCGAUUGCCUGCCCGCGGCCCUCCCUGGCGCAGCCGCAGCAGCAGCAGCCGUACGCGAACAGCCUGUGGCAGCAGCAGCCGCAACAGCCGCAGCAGCCGCAACAGCUGCAGCCGCAGCACCACAUGCAGCACCAGCACAUGCAGCACAUGCACCUGCAACAAUACCAGCAGCGCCAGCAGCCGCAACAGCAGCGCCCUCAACAGCAGCACCAGCAGCCGCACCAGCACCAGCAGCACCAGCAGCAGCACCAGGCGGGCGGCCGCCAGCAACACGCGCUGGCCCACCUGUUGCACCUGGCUCCCACGCCGCUGCCGCUGCGCGCCUGGACGCCGCCCAACCUGUUCGACACCGCCCACCUGCACCUGGACUUUGGCUGCCCCGACUCGCCGCUCCUGGACGCCCUGGGAGGGUCCGGCGGCGGCACUGCCGCAGCCGCCGGCGCCGGCAGCGGCGGCGCGGCCGCCACUGCCUGUACCGCUGGUGCGGCUGCUGCUGCUGCUGCUGCUGAGGCAGCUGCUGCCGCGGUGCCUGCUCCAGGUGCGGGUGUUGGUGCGGGCGGUGACGGCAGCAGCUCCACCAGCUCAGCCCCGUCGGGUGAGGCCGGCGGCAGCGGCAGCGGCAGCGGCGGGGCCGAGCCCGGCACCGCCCGCAGCGUGCAGGCUGGCGCAGCAGCAGAGGCGGCGGCGGACCGCAGCGACGCAGCCGUGAUGCAGAUGAUGAAGCGGGAGAGCAGCUUCGGCUUCCUUGCUAACGCCGCCGGGGCUGCCGCCGCCGCCACGGGCAGCCUUACGGUCGGCAGCGCGGCCCCUGCUGCUGCUGCUGGUACGGCUGCUGCCGCGCCCUCUGCGGCUUGGCCCGGGGCCCUGCAGGCCUGCAACGCCGCCGCCACCGCCGCCGCUGCUGCGGCCGCAAGCGCUACCGCCUCCGCCGCCAGCUCGCAGGCCAUGCCGUCAGCGCCUUCCUCGCCGGGCGUCUGGCCGCCGGCUGCGACGGCGGCGCCAGCGCUGCCCUACCUGCCGCCGCUGGCGCCUCUGGGCGGGCCGCCGGCGCUGCCGUCGCCGCCGUGCUCGCCGCUGAUCUGGAACGGGCUGGGCAUGGCGGCGCCGCUGCCGCCGCAGAUGCACCACGCGCUGCUCGGCAGCACGUCGGCGCCGCCGCCUCAACACCAGCAGCAGCAGCAGCAGCAGCAGCACCACCAGCAGGCAGCGACGGCUGCGUCUGCCGACGCUGCUGCUAGUACCGCUGGUGCGGGUGCGGGUGCGGGUGCCGCUCCUGCCGCACCGUACAUGCUGCCUGCCGGCUACUACUACCACCCCGGCCCCGUGCCGACUUGGCACCACCCCGUCAGCAGCUUCCACGGCCCCCUGUACGGGCCCGUGACUUACCCGCCCAUGCCGGCUGCAGCCGCUGCAGUGCCCGCGGCUGCGGCUGCGGCAGUGCCGCAGUAAACAGCCAGCGGCAGCUGCGCUGCUGCCGCCAACAGGCACUGGGCGCGAGUGCUGGCAGGCGGGGUGGUUCGCCGUGUGAGCGUAUGUAAUAAUAGACCAGC